AUGGAAGUUGCGAAAUCCGACAAGACACCCCUAGUAGACAUCUUAUGGACCCCCAAAACGCUGCGCCCCAAAGACAACAUUUUGUUCCCAACCACAUCACUCACCCUACACCAUUGGGACGUGCUUAGGCACUCGCAAAACACCACCCACAAAUUCCACCCACGCACACCGCUGACAGCCCUACGAGCAAUUUCACCGUGGCUCUCACUAAACACCUGGGUCAAACUGGGAAUUCACAAACUCGACCAAAUUAUGCACCACAAUCUUAUCAAGCCCUUCCCAGAACUACAACAGGAAUUCAAACUGACCAACUCCUCAGUAUUCCCUUACAUGCAAAUCAAGAGCAUCAUACCCUCACACGUGGCAAGAGCCACCACAGAGGUUAACCAGAGCACAAAGGUAGUAGACACGCUGUAUGACAGAUGCUGGCACACCCCAACUAAACCCAAAACUCUUGCCCUAUGCUACCAGGUGGUUAUGAAAACGGCUCCACACUACUCCCCUCCCUUCGUGACCCAAUGGCUCGCGGACUGCAAUGAGCCGAUAACUGACAAGGAAGUGGAGGCGUCCCCAACUGCCCUCAAAGGUAUUACACAGUGCUACUCACAUGUAGAGGCCCACAAGAAACUAGUAUACAGGUGGUACCUAACACCCCACAAGCUCCACAUAAUGUACAGCUCUGCAUCACCACUCUGCUGGAGAUGCGGGGAGACAACAGGCACAAUGUUCCACAUCUGGUGGUCGUGCCAACGUAUACGCCCCUUGUGGGACGAGGCGCAAUCCAUCCUACGAACCAUCGGCAUCACAGAGCCACCGCUAGACGCCCGUACAGGGUUAUUCCUUUCCUACCCGCACUCAACCCCGAAAGCGGUGAAAUGCAUAAUGGCAAUUACCGCAUUGGCAGUACGAAACCUCAUAGCAAACCAGUGGAAGCAACCUCACUGUCCUUCUAAAACCCACCUGCUAACCAAAAUACACCAAUACCACACAUACGAGAACAUGACGACCAAAACUGCCUCACAAAGAAAGUCCUUUCAAGUGUCCUGGGCACCAUGGGCAAGCUACUGGGAUGGGGUUAACAUUACCUAACGUCUUACAGAGAUUAAAGACGGUGUAGGUACCACCGACGAAGCGCAAAUCCUAGUUGCUGGUCCACAGAGUUCUACUACCUGAAUAGACCCAACCCCUUCUCCAGUUACCACAGGGGCCAGUAUCCUCAGAACAACACACUUAACCACAGGGUAGACCUAAUGUCACAUCGCACCACGUAUUGCAACACAUGACGACACCUACAGCUGUGUAUAUGUAUACCAUGUAUCGUGCUCGCACGCCACUACUGCAUACCUCCAAAGCAUACCCCCCCUCCACCCUCCCCCUGUUUCUUCCCCCCCCCAGUUGCGCUCCCAACUUCACACCGCAACGAACUCCACUACACCGGUGUACCCGCCAUGGAUUGGCUCAUGACUCAUGAGGUUGUGUCACUAUCCAGACGUAACGAGUCGCACACAGAGAAACUACCCCCACGACUCUAG